UUCACUCGUAAUACAACCGGCGAAACUGAAGGUGAAACAUGGCAAGUUUUUUACAAAAAAACAUGAAUUUUUGCCAUAUUUUAUUAUCUUACUUAGCCCUAAUUAGUUUAAUCUCAUCAUCUGAAGUGCCAAGGCCCCGCGGAGUGUCAUUAUCAAGAGCCUCUCUUUAUAAUCCAGGCGAAGAUUUUACAUGUUUCGAUGGUAGCUUAACAAUUCCAUUUACACAUAUAAACGAUGAUUAUUGUGAUUGUUUGGAUGGAAGUGAUGAACCAGGUACAGCGGCUUGCCCCAACGGUGUUUUUCACUGUACAAACGCCGGUCAUAAAUCCCUAAAUAUCGCAUCAUCACGUGUUAAUGACGGUGUUUGCGAUUGUUGUGAUGGUUCUGAUGAAUAUUCCAAUGAAAAAACGGGUUGUGUUAAUAAUUGCAAUGAAUUGGGGCGAAGCGCCAGAGAGGAGGCUCAAAAAAAGGCGGAUUUAUUAAAAGCUGGUAAACAGUUAAGAGCUGAUUUAAUACAAAAAGGUGUUCAAUUAAGACAAGAAAAGAAAGAACAAUUAACCGAGUUGGAAAAAAAUAGAGGUGAAGCUGAAAAGAUUAAAGAAGAAAAGGAGUUGUUAAAAAAACAAAUUGAGGAGUUAGAAAAUGCUGCUUUGGCUAAAUACAGAGAAAUUGAAGAGGAAGAAAGAAAAAGAAAAGAGGAGGAAGAAGCGGAAAAAAAUAAAAAAGAAGCAACAGAGAAAUUUAUCUUAUUAGAUUCAAAUGGUGAUGGUAAAAUUGAUAUCUCUGAGUUACAAACAAGGAAGACAUUUGAUCAAGAUCGUAAUGGUGAGGUCUCUGAGGAAGAAGCAAAAUAUUUUUUGAACUCAAAAGAAGAAGUUGAAUUUGAUGAAUUUUUAGCUGAUUCUUGGACCAAAAUUAAACCAUACAUGUUGAUUGAAGAUGGCUUUUAUAAACCACCAGAAGAAACUGACAGAGAAGAAACUCAAACUCAAGCAGGUAAUGAAGACAUAGAUGAUAUUGAAACAAACAAUGAAACCGAAGAUUCUGAUGAUCUUGAUCACGAAGAACCCGAAGAAGAGGAAGAUGAAGAAGAAGAACCCAUUGAAAAAGCUCCAGAACCAACCCCCACCGUUCAAUAUGAUGAGGACACUCAAAAACUCAUUGACCAAGCUAAUCACGCCCGUAAAGAAUUUGGUGAUGCAGAAAAAGAAGUUAAUCAUAUUGAAAGACAAGUUAAAGAUAUUCAAGAUUAUUUAGAGAAAGAUUUUGGCCCUGAAGAAGAAUUUGCAACUUUAGAUGGUCAAUGUUUCGAAUACACCGAUUAUGAAUACAUUUAUAAGUUAUGCCCCUUUGAUAGUGCAGUACAAAAACCAAAAUCAAGCUCAUCAGAGACUAGGUUAGGUGUUUGGUCGAAAUGGACAGGUCCUGAAGAUGAUCACUACUCAAUGAUGCUAUACGAUAGGGGCCAAUCUUGUUGGAAUGGACCCCAAAGGUCAACACAAGUUCGUUUAAGUUGCGGCGGUGAAAAUAAGGUUACUGCCGUGUCUGAGCCGAAUAGGUGCGAAUAUUUAUUUGAUUUUAUGACGCCGGCCGCGUGUAAAGAUGUUCCUUCCGAAUCGCACGAUGAUAUACAUGAUGAACUUUAAUGUGCUGUUUUGAAUACGAAUAGAAAAAUUCAUUGAUACUGUACUUUUUUUUUGUAUAAGAAGUGUAGGUUAUUUUUCUUCUUUUUUUUUGAGGUUAACACCAUUUUUCCUACGCGAUAUAUCAUGAAUAAAUAAAUAUUUAUACUUUAA